GAAUGCAGUUAAGGUUUGGUCCUGCUAUAGGAGAACCUGUGGAGAGUCACAUACUGGCUGUCAUAAAUGAGUAGACCAGGAAUGGGCAGGAUGUCCAGCAUGGUGGGAGUUCCCCUGCUCAGAAGGCUGCCUUUGGUCUGAUUUCCAGGAUCACGAAGAGGCUAAGCUGUGGAUGCUGAGCAGCCUGGCACUGGCACUGAGAGCAACAGACUUCCCUCCUCCUGUGCUCUGCAGAUUUGACCUGCGGGGCCCAGCAGUCAUGCCAGACACACCAGUGGAGGACUCCCUCUUCCAAAUCAUACACUGCUUCCACCACUAUGCCUCCCGGGAAGGGGACGUGGAGACCUUGUCCCUGGAGGAGUUGAAAGCCCUGCUCCUGGACAGUGUGCCUCGCUUCAUGGACACCUUGGGCCGCAGGCAGCCAUACUACAUCACAGAGCUGUUCCGGGCAGCUGACAAAAACAAGGACAACCAGAUCUGCUUUGAUGAGUUCCUGUACAUCUUGGGCAAACUGGUGAAGGACUAUCACCUGCAGUUCCACCGGCAACUGUGUGCACACUACUGUGCCCAGCACAGCCUCUACUAGAGGGAGGACGGCCAGUCCUCCAUGGGAGUCUGUCCGGGGAGGUGUGGCCUGACCAAGGGUGGCUUGCAGAACUGAGCCAUAUAUUUCUUCCUAUGUGCGCACACAUGUGUACAAACAAUAUAGCAAAUAUUUCUGGGAAGUACUCAGGGCAUGGGUCUGGGCAACCACCAAUGUUCAGUAAAAGAUGUUUAGCCUUUGC